AUGAAUCCACAACAACAAGAGACUUUGAACACAACUCCUUCUUCCUCAUUCCACAACCAUUCAUCGAAUAUGUCAUCCACAGAGAACAAUGAUCCAAAUCUUGUCGUUGGAUUGAAUGGAUUUACCAUUCGAAAACCUUUUCCCUACAAGAACGCACAAGGAGAUAUAUUUUGCAUUGUGUGUUGUUUGCAAAAGGGUGAAUUGGUGUUUCAACCAAAAGCUAAUUUUAAGAUUUUUAGAGAAAGAGGGGCUGUCAUUGCUGAGAACUCUGAUCGAUCCAUUUUGGUUGAAAAGUUAUUUGGAUUUAAGAAUGUUUGUGGAGGUCGAUUGUGUGAUUCUCAUUAUCGAUAUAUCAUGAAAUUCAAGAACAAGUAUAUUCCAAGUGGUGACUCACCUACCAACUCCUCCAAUAACGAUGGUGGUGACGUUCCUAUGAGCAGUUCCUCUUCCACGAAACGAAAGAAGAGAAAGCAAAGUGACAAGAAAGAAAGUGAAAUGAACCAAGAUGCAUCGUCUCUUGUCGUUUCCACAAAAAAGAAAAAAGAAGGUCAUUCCACUUCUCCACAACAACAUUACAACCAUCAUCAUCAACACCACCACCAAGAGACAAGAACCACCUCACAAACACCAUCCUCUUCUUCCUCCCCUUCAGAAAAAAGUUCAUCCAAUUUGUCCUUAGAUUUUGACCAUCAAGAGAGAGAACGAGAUUUUGAUUCUUCAUUCUCAAAUUCAACUACCCUAAUGACAACAACUCCUUCUUCACAUUCUUUCAAUGAUGAGGACAGUAUUCAUGAGGAUGAUACGAUGAGUCAUCAAAGUGAGUAUUCCACAAAAGAAAGUAAAAGAGAACAAAGAUAUGGAGCGAAAAGAAGAUUUAACUUUUUAGUGAGACUUGUUGAAGAAUUGGUUCAAGAAGAGAAUAUUCAUGAGCAAUAUCGAAUUCUUGUGGAACAACGAAAACAACAAAAUAAGGUAAAGAUGACUCACAACAUGAAACAAUUUGAAGAAGAUUCAUAUCCUUUGAAUGAAGAAGAAUUUAAAAUGUCAUCUUUUCAUGAAUCAAGAAGAAACGAAUCAUCAUUUGCAAGAGAAUCCUCCACUGUGACAGAAUAUCGAUAA